CACACCGGAACCGGACGGGUGCGCCAAUUCAUCAUUCCCAGAGCGGAUUUGGGGGACAAUGGUCAAGCCAAGGCUCAAGAAUGAAUCGAGACGGACACCGAGGGGACGCCCGUCACGAUGCGAUCAGGUGCACGCCUCAUUGCACGCAUGAAUGAUGAAUGAUGAAUGAUGAUGCAGGGCGUCGCAGGGGGGGCGCAGGAGGUGCGAAGGGGUGCGGACGAGACAAGCAGAGAGGGGAUCUGGCACCCUGCGUCUACGUGAUUCGGUGCGAGGCUGUUACUGUCUGUUAGUUCACCGCUUCAUUCGGUUUUUCCUCACAGACCAAACAGUGUUUGGAAGCAGCUCGAAAUGAGUGGCGCGGCCAGUGGCGGGCGAGUGGCGCAGACUCGUCUCGACGGGGGUGGUCGUCAAGCUGGCUGGUCCCAAGCGUGCAACGACCCCGGUGGGAAAAAUACAGGCUCGCAGCACCAACAUAGACUACUCACUCUCACAUACACAAUGCAUCCCACGUUACGCACCGUCAUCGGCCGAAAUGUCUGCCCGCGUUUGCUACAACGCCAAACCCUCCGCCCAUCGCCAAUAGCAGUCCGCGCCUUCUCAGCAUCCGCGCCAACACAACAGGCACCACCAGCACCAGUUGAGCCCAAGAUUGCGACUAUUGUCGACUCGAUCGCGCAGUUGAACCUGUUGCAGACUGCCGCGCUUGUGCAGGCUUUGAAGACGAAACUGAACAUCCAGGAUAUUGUGAUGCCCGUUGCUGCCGCCGCACCUGCUGGAGGUGCCGCCGCCGCCGCACCCGCCGCCGAGGAAAAGCCAGCUGAAAAGACAGAAUUCAAAGUAAAAUUAGAAAAGUUCGACGCAGCAUCAAAGGCAAAGAUCAUCAAGGAGAUCAAGGCCCUGCUGCCAGGCGCCAACUUGGUUGAGGCCAAGAAGUUUGUUGAGAGCGUACCGAAGGUGAUCCGGGAGAACGCGAAUAAGGAGGAGGCGGAGAAGAUCAAGAAGACGUUGGAAGCAUUGGGUGCUACCGUCAUUCUUGAAUAAGUGUCGAAGUAGGAGGAAGGGGGAUGGAUGCCGAGAGAACGAGCGGAGCAGGGAGUACGACUUGGCAAGAGAGAACGAGAGAUACGCCGUGGAUGUACCCCAUCUCGCCCAUUUGUUUAUAUAUAUUUACCAACCGCACCCCGCGCCGUAUAUG